CAUCGUUUAACAUCGACGCGUAUUACCUUCAAAUUAUUAUAAUGUUGUGGAUUAUUACAGCUAGUUGCGUCAUAUACUUCUUUACAUCGGCAACUGCUCUCAGAUGUAUACUCGAAAAUAGCAUUAUCAAAAAAGCUGCCAUUGAAAAUUGCUCAUCAUCAGUUACCGAUUGCUUCUGGUUCAAAUGUAACAGUUUGGAUAAAGAAACAAAUGAGAAGGGUUGUAACGACAACUUAGGCAACUUAUGGAAUUGUCAAGUGUUGAGUGAAGCUUGUUUGUUGACUGGAGGAAAAGCGUACUGCGAUACGUGUGUCAAAGAUUUGUGCAACAAUGCUAUGGCUACUUCUUUUGCUUCCCUUACCAUUAUUACCAUAUUAUCGAUAUUACUUAUCUUAAAUAUUGCCGUAUAAGUGUAAUAUCAUAAGAAUUUAUGCAUUUCCGUACUAUACAACUUAUAUAUUUCCGUAUUGAUACAUAAAUACAUACUUUGUGACUUGUUUCUUUGUGACAAAUUUCCAUUCCAAAACUUUGUUGAGAAAUCUUUGAUGUUGAAAAGUUUCC